CAUCGGCUUCCACCACAACUCACAACUCACCUCAAGAAGCUUCACCCAUGGCUUCCGGAUCUUGGACGCUCGAGAUGGAGUCCUCCGUCGAGGCAUCUCGACUGUUCAGGGCCGCCGCCCUCGACUGGCACUCCUUGGCUCCUAAGGUCGUGCCGGAGAUCGUCGUCAGCGGCGCCGUCCUCGAAGGCGACGGCUCUGUUGGGUCCGUAAGGCAGCUCAACUUCUCACCAGCACUACCAUUCGGCUACGUGAAGGAGCGGCUGGACUUUGUGGACGUUGACAAGUUCGAGUGCAAGCAGACCCUCUUCGAAGGAGGCCACAUCGGGACGAAGCUGGAGAUAGCGACGAGCCAUUUCAAGUUCGAGCCGGCCUCCGGCGGAGGAUGUGUGCUGAAGGUGGUGACCACCUACAAACUCCUGCCUGGAGUUGAGGACGACCAGAGCGAGAUAGUGAGGUCUAAGGAGACUGUGACGGGAAUCAUCAAGGCCGCAGAAGCUUACCUCGUCGCCAAUCCUGAUGCCUAUGUGUAGAUCGAUCGAGUAUCUAUCGAGUUUGCGUGAGAUUUCCUUCGUGUUCUCUGCAUAAGUUGCAUCAGUGUGCUUUCCUUGUCUCCUAAACAAUAAUCGAUUGCGAGCCAAUAAACAAUCUCUCUCUCUCUCUCUCUCACUCUGGGUUUGGUGCGUUUUGCACAUCUCUAGUCACAAGCAAGUCAACUGAGCAUAUGGUCAAAUUUGGGUUGCAUUCUAUAUUGUAUUGUAUGUUGCAUUUCAAUGGAGUUUGACUGAGUUGA